AUUAGACAGUUCGCACGCGUGGGACCGUUCGGAUGUUGAAAGUUCAUUUGUAAUUUGAGUCUGAAGAGCAGAACAUGAAAAUUUCAAAGACGGCGUGGAAUUCUCGGUGGCACAAAUGGAAAGAUUGGUACCUGUCAGUUGGGAUCAUUUUCGUAAUAAUCAUUCUUGCAGUCAUUGUUUUUGUUGCUGUCAUGGAAUUCCUCAAGCAUAAAUGGAAUGAAACAAUUUAUGUCGAAGUAAGACCCAACACAACAACAGGAGUUGAAUUCAAUGGGCAGAUGAUUGGAAAGGUUACCCUUGAAGUGAUGUAUACUGCCUAUAGUCAGUAUACCACUGUCUAUACGUUCUCUCGACCACCACCAUUGAGCAUUCACAGAAAUAUGUCAGUGUUUAAGGAAGAGGAACGAGGCCCUCUUUAUUUUGACAAUUUUGUUUCUGAUAAAUUUAAUCUCAAUAAUCGGUCUCGAAUGGACGUUUCAUUUUGUGGAGAUGGUGAAAUGGAGGUGCUGGUAUUGGAGACUGAUGUAUUCUUGCACAAUCUCAACUAUCCUUCGAUACUGAAAACAGUGAGAUGGCGUAAGACUUUCAAUGGCAGUGACUGUCAGUUUGAUAAUGAAACAAGUAACGAGUUUAGUUUUACAACUAACGCGUCAUCAACCUAUCAGUUUGUAUAUCGACCCUGGCACAGCUUGCAUCUGCCACUGGUCCUCAGUAAUGUGAUGUAUAGAGGAGAUUUGACGCAGUAUGAUCUCAAAGGGAACAAGUCUUACUGCAGACCGUCGUCUGACUCAUUUAUCUGUUCUGUUGCUUUACCAAAGACCCAUAGAGCAAUGGUAGUGAUAGAUAGUGGAAAUGUUGAUUUAUCUCAAGGUGUCGAGUUUACUACAAGCUCUCUGAAAACUACACUAAGAUCAAGUAAAAUAACUGUGGUUUCUGUAGCUACAUUUUCAAGUGCUGCUGUGUUUUGUUUUAUUGUUGUGAUUGUUGCAUGUUGGUGGCACAAGCGUUUCAGAGGUGAUUCAAGUGAGGAACUAGCGGGACUAUUACCCUGAAGUAUUUGAAGUGAAUUGAAUGCUGAAUGUAUAGUGUGUAGGUCUUUGCAGGUGACUGGCUGAAUUAUUCAAUGAAUGGUUUGCUAUUAGAUGUUUAGAAGAAUUCACAUUGUUUAUAGUUGUAGUGUAACAGUUGUGGAUGAAUUAAACUACAGGAUGAUUCACAGA